AACCUAUCUCUGCCAGACAGCCGGCUCUGCGACCCCACGUCCACAAGCAGCCCGAGAAGACCACCCGAGUCCGGACUGUCCUUAAUGAGAAACAGCUUCACACCUUGAGGACCUGCUAUGCCGCUAACCCCAGACCUGACGCCCUCAUGAAAGAGCAACUGGUAGAAAUGACCGGCCUCAGCCCGAGGGUCAUCAGGGUUUGGUUUCAAAAUAAGCGGUGCAAGGACAAAAAAAGGAGCAUUAUGAUGAAGCAACUUCAGCAACAGCAACCCAAUGACAAAACUAAUAUCCAAGGGAUGACAGGAACUCCGAUGGUGGCUGCUAGCCCAGAGAGACACGACGGUGGUUUACAGGCGAACCCGGUGGAGGUGCAGAGUUACCAGCCGCCCUGGAAAGUACUGAGUGACUUCGCCUUGCAGAGUGACAUAGACCAACCUGCUUUUCAGCAACUAGUAAGUUUCGGUUCCCAGCUGGAGCAGGCCAGCCUUUACCCGGGGAUCAGAGGCUUGGUACGACGCUUCGGGGGGCGGGAGGGAGAAGGGGUUUCUGCCCCGUGGUCUAACGC